AACACUGCCACGGUACGCAUCACUUUGACGUUUCGCCUCGCCAAUUGUCAACUCCAGUUCAAGGUGGUGCUGUCAAAGUCCUUUUCCGUUUCCUCUUUAACGAAGCGCAGUCAAGAUGAAAGCUAAAGGAUUGCUGAAAGAAUACCAGGUGAUCGGGCGCAAGCUGCCCUCGGAGAAGGAGAAGAACCCUCCACUGUUCAAGAUGCACAUCUUCGCCCCGGACCACAUUGUGGCUAAGUCGCGCUUCUGGUACUUCCUGCGUCAGCUGCGCAAGUUCAAGAAGGGAACCGGCGAGAUCGUCUCGGUGAAGCGCAUCAUGGAGAAGACGCCGCUGAAGGUUAAGAACUUCGGCAUCUGGUUGCGUUACGAUUCGCGUUCCGGUACGCACAACAUGUACCGUGAGUACCGUGACCUGACUGUUGGUGGUGCCGUCACGCAGUGCUACAGUGACAUGGCUUCGCGUCAUCGUGCCCGUGCCCACUCGAUCCAGAUCAUCAAGGUGGAAGCGAUCGCUGCGUCCAAGACGCGUCGUGCACACAUCAAGCAGUUCCACAACUCGAAGAUCCGAUUCCCGCUGGUGCAGCGAUACCACCACAAGCGCUACCGGAAGCUGUUCUCUUACCGUCGCCCGGUCACCUUCUUCCAGUAAGAAGCAGCAUUAUUUGUGUACGACCACCGUCGGUCAGCACCCAUCACACGGUUCACCAUAUAUGGUGGAAAAGCAACGAGAACUGGUCCUGUGGUACAUUUCCUGUGUGCUUCUCGCGUGUGGAAGUGCUUUCUCUGUGUAUGUGCGUGUGAUAACGUGUGGUGUGAUAAUGCAGCAUUCUUCUGGUUAGUGUGUACAACAACGAGGCAAAGGACCAGCUGAUGAGCGAAUAGGUUUUUGUUUGUUUGCUCGGUUUGAUACCAUUGCGCCUCCACUACUAUCCGGGAGGUGGCAGCAGUCCAUUAUGGUGAAAUGGGAGAGAAGGAGUGAAUAAAAGAAGUAAGGCGAAGAAA